ACCACUGGCUUAGCCCCCCUGCAGAAAAUAAGAACAACAACAACAACAACAACAACAACAUCAAUACAACAUUUUCAUUAAACAAGAACAACAGCAAGCAAGGUAUUCCUAGAAUGUCUAACCCUUUUGCUACCCUUGGAUCUGAGCCUGAUGAUGAACCUGCUUCUAAGGUUCCGUUUCCUGUGAGUGAGGAGGAACGCACUCUCCUCAUCAAAUCUGAAUCCUUCGUUUACAAGAUCCCACCUCAGGGCCCUGAUAUAAAGUUUCUACUGCAGACAAAAGCUGUUGGUUGGAAGGCUACGGACUGGAACCUAGAAAAACCGGACUGGAAGGGGAAACUGAGAUUGACUUGCAAAGGAAAGGCUGCUCAGAUAAAGCUGGAAGAGCAAGGCAGCGGUAAACUUUACGCAAUCUGUCAUAUUGAUACAUACCCUGGACCAGCUGUACAGGCAGUUGCAGACUCAAGCAGAUACUUUGUGAUAAAGAUCUCUGAAUCUGAAGGAGGAAAAGUUGCCCAUCUAGGACUAGGGUUUGCUGAUAGAUCCGACAGUUUCGAUUUAAACACAACCCUACACGAUCAUUUUAAAUCCUUGCAAGUAGAGGAUCAGAUAGAACAGGAGAAGGAUAUUCCUCAAGAGAAACUAGAUCUUGCACUCAAGGAGGGAGAAACUAUAAAGGUUUCCAUCAAUAUCCCACGAAAGAAUCGGACCAAAUCACCGGCAAACCGAGGAUCGGCGGGCCUGUCUCUCCCACCGCCUCCUGGACCCGCCGGAAGUAUUCCAGCCCCUCCCUCGCCCGCCCUGGCGAAGUUGAAUAUCUCUAAACGCCCCCCGCCGGCCCCCUCCGGCGGUUCUCAAAAAUGGAUCCAAUUUUGAAAAGUUCCAAUUUUGUAAUUAUAUCUUGCUAAUUAUUAGCAUGGCUUAUUGUACCUUUUCUUGUUUAGAAUAAAGCAUUUAGGCUUUCCAACAACUAUUAAUAUUAAACAAUUUCUGUAAAUUAAUAAAAGUAUAAAAAGUA